AAAAUAUCCUUGUGCUGAUUUAUUUCGGCCCAUUAACUUCAUAUAGUAACAUUUUGAAGUUCCUUUUGUUCGUCGACGUUCAUUAUACACUUGGCCUGAGCAUCUAUUUCCGGCGAUCUCCUUCCCAUCCCUUUCUCCGCGAAAUCGAGUUCUAGGAUAACCAGUUAGACUGCAACUGCUCGAAGGAUUGAUUCACAUUGAGAAAAUGAAAAGGGGACAUGUAAAGUGGGAUGAGGCAAAUUUGGGAGAAAUUGAGGCAAAUAAACCGGUGAGGCAGAAAAUUACUGAACCAAAGACACCAUAUCACUGCAUGAUUGAUGAUGAUGGAUCUUUAUCUCCUAUACGGGGUAAUUUUGAGGAAGGCAAUGGUGAUGCAGUACAUGCAGAAGCCAUACGCAGUGCAUUGAAUGAGAUGGCUUCUUCCAGUAAGAAUAAAUCCCGACGGUCUGGCUGGACGUCAUCUGAGGAUGAAGCCGGUGUCAUGGACCAAGAUGAUGCAGAUUCUGGUUCAAGGAAGGGAAAGAGCUUCAAGGAGCACAGGCGAGCACACUAUGAUGAGUAUCGGAGAGUCAAAGAACUCCGUCGGAAGGGCUCCUCUCUUGAAGAAACAUCAGACGAUGAGGAUCUUGUGGAAAAGGAUGGGAGGUCUGAUUCAUCAUCAUCAUUGACUAGUGCUGUUAAGGACAUAGAGAUUGAGGAAGGCAGCAUGGACACUUCUAAAUAGUACUCUUUCCCAGCCCUUGUAGCUCAGAUCAACCAGAUGAGCAUUGCUGAUUUGAUUUUAUUUCCAUACUCCCUUUGUUUAUAUCCGUCUAACUUCUGCUUGUAAGUUGUGUAUUAAGGUUUUUAUCAACCUUCAGGAUGAUAAAAGUUCUGGCAUAUCGAAUGGCACAUAUUCAGUUAGAUUUCUGUCGGACAUUGGCUUUAGAUAAUGGAGUAUUCUGAAACCCAAUUUUUUGUACACUACAUCUUGUCGUUUGUCCUUAUGUCUGUGAUGUUUAAUUGCUAGUUUAACUUCAGUUUUCUGUGAUAA